AUUUCGGCUCAUUUACAAACUUGCACCGCAAUGCUGAAGCCUAUUACGCUUGCCCGCGCGCUGCGCUCCCAUGCCGCUCGCCAACUCGGCGCUGUGCAGACAGCCAGUCUACACUCUGCUCGUACUGCUGGACAGCAACGGGUUUCCUCUCGGGGAUCUUUCAAGUGGACUGCAGCUCUUGCUGCCGGCACAGCUCUGGCUGCCGUGGGGCUCUCGGAUGCCACGAUGAACGAGGACCACCACGAGUUCAUUAACUGGUCGGCUACGCACGAGUGCCGUCCCAAGAACUUCUACGUCCCUGAGACGGUGGACGAAGUGGAGAAGCUUCUGCAGACGUACCACAACAAGAAGCAAAAGCUGCGAUGCAUGGGCGCUGGUGUCUCUCCCAACGGCUUGGGCUUCUCGGGCAAGGCAGCUGGCAACGGUGACGCUAAUGAGGCGCUUAUGACACUAGCACUGUUUGAUAAGAUCCUCAAAGUGGAUAAGGAGAAGCUUCAAGUGACGGUGGAGACCGGUGUGAUCGUCGGAGAGCUGCUGGACAAGCUCCGCGCAUACGGCAUGACCAUGCAGAACGUGGCUUCCAUCCGUGACCAGCAGGUGGGCGGCAUCUGCCAGGCUGGAUGCCACGGCACGGGCGCAGGUAUUCCUCCAAUUGAUGAUCAGAUCGUUGAGAUGGAGAUCGUCACUCCUGCCAAGGGCAAGAUGACCCUCAGUGCCACGCAGAACCCGGAGCUCUUCCAGCUCGCCAAGUGUGGCUUAGGAGCGCUCGGUGUGGUGACCAAAGUCACGCUGCAGUGUGUGCCCAUGCACAAGCUGAUUGAAAAGACCACAGUAAUGACGGUGGACGAGAUCCGCAAGAACCACAACCGGUGGCUCGUCGAGUUCCAGCACUUGCGCUACAUGUGGAUCCCGUACACUGACGCCGUGGUUGUGGUGCAGUGUCGUCGCGCUCAAGAAGACGAACCACUCAACGAGAAUCGCUUCCCACCAGUGCAGAACAGUGACGAGGUGCGCAUGAAGGCCCCUCGCAAGCUGUAUCUGGAGCUGACCAACGGCAAUCCCGAGCCGGACUAUCUUGACUGGAGCUUUACGAAGAUGCGUGACAAACUACUUGAGAUUAACCCGCUCGACAAGCAGCACGUCAUUCGUGUGAACGAGGUGGAAAAGCAGUUCUGGAAGCUUAGCGAGGGUUACCGAGUGGCAUACUCGGAUGACAUCAUUGGCUUCGACUGCGGUGGCCAGCAGCUCGUGGAGGAGGUCUCGUUCCCAACCGCUGGUACGCUGGAGCUUGACUUUAUGGAGAAACUUCUCAAGCGUAUUGACGAGGAGGACAUCCCGGCACACUCGCCGAUCGAGCAGCGCUGGUCGGCCCGCAGCAAUUCCUUGAUGAGCCCUGCAUCGUCUCCGAACCCUGACCAGAUCUUCUCUUGGGUGGGUGUCAUCCUGUACUUGCCAACGGCGGAGAAGAAGAUUCGUACGGCCAUCAAGGACCGCUUCAUGGAGUUUUACGCCAUGUACCGCGACUUCAUGGAGCCGUUCGGAGCAACGGAACACUGGGCUAAGAUCGAGUGGCCCGAAGAUGCUGCCGAACGCAAGAAGAUCCGCGAUCGUCUGAACAAGAGAUACCCGCUCAACAAGUUCAAGAAGGCUCGCGAUGAGCUUGACCCUCACCACAUUCUGUCGAACCACAUUGUGGACGAAAUGUGCGCUUAAGUUGUUUGCGCUUGUAGAAAUCCCUCCUCCGAACAUGUGAACAAAGAGAAGCGCUUUCAUGUUCAAUAUUACAUUUACUUGUUUGUCCUGGUGGCUAGAUAAUUGAAAACCUGAUCGAAUUGGCCAGCAGGCAGAUAUGCCAGCCAUGCUGCUACGAAAUUCUGACU